AUGGAAUGGCAACCGCAGGAAGAGCCAUUGAGGCAGCUCGCUAGCUACCUCAGGGACUCUCUGAAUGCGUAUGAUCGCAACCUUCAGAAACAGGCAGAACUGAUGCUCACUAGAGCUACAGCGAGCCCCGAUUUCGUAAACUACUUGACGUUCAUAUUCUGCACCGAAACCCCUCCCCCGGCCGUCUCCAUGGAUCGUGACACCUACAACAUUGUCCGAUUUUCCGCGGCUCUCAACCUCAAGAGUAAGAUUCAUAUAGCUUACAACGGAAUCCCGCCCGAGAGCUUGGUAUUCGUCCGCCGAGCGACUCUUCUAGGGCUGCGAGACUCAAAUCAGCAGAUUCGCCAAUCUGCCGGCAUGCUGCAGGAACUGUUGGGUCUUGUUGCGAACGUGUCGGGUGAUGUGACACAGUCUACUCAAGAAGCCGCCAUGUCAGCUGUCGCAAAGGUCUGUGAAGACAACCGCAAGAUUCUGGACAAAGAUUACGGCGGUCAAAGACCGCUGGAGGUUAUCAUUCCUCGUUUGCUGGAGUUCACUGGCAGUGACAGUUCUAUAAUUCGAUCCACUGCGCUCAGCACAAUUCAAAUCUUCCUCUCAAUGAAGCCCCAAGCGCUGAUCUCCAACUUCGAUACAUUCAUGAACAACCUUUUCCGCCUUGCUAGCGAUCCAUCUACCGACGUCCGUCGAACCGUUUGUCAGGCAUUUGGACAACUUGCGGAAAUUGCACCUGAGCAGCUCAUCCCUCAUUUGGCGGGUUUGGUGGAUUACAUCAUUCUGCAACAGAACAACAAUGAAGACCCUGAACUUGCCCUGGAUGCAGCUGAGUUCUGGCUCACGGCUGGAGAGCAGCCGAUCUUGCAGCAACCUCUUGGACCGUUUCUUCCAAAAAUUAUCCCUUUGUUGCUACGAAGCAUGAUAUACGACGAGGAUGAAGUGGAACGCUUGGCUGCUGAGAACGAUGAUGCGGAGGAAGAGGACCGCGCUGAGGACUUGAAACCUCGUUUCGCAAAAGCCAAGGGCUCCAGAUUAGAAGGGUCCACCGAUCCAAACGGCAAGCCGGAGCUUGUUGAAGAGCGAGAAGAUGGAGAGUUAAGCGAGGAGGAGUCUGACUAUGAUGAUGGUGACCCUGAAGAUGCCUGGACCUUAAGAAAGUGCUCAGCUGCCGCGCUGGAUAUUUUUUCGAAUGUCUAUCAUUCACCUGUAUUCGACCUUAUUCUUCCUUAUCUCAAAGAAACCCUUCGACACGAACAGUGGCCGAACCGCGAGGCCGCUGUUCUGACUCUCGGUGCCGUUGCUGAUGGAUGCAUGGAUGCUGUUACUCCUCACUUGCCUGAGUUGAUUCCUUACCUCAUUUCCUUGCUAAACGACCCGGAACCGGUGGUCCGGAAAAUCACUUGUUGGUGUCUGGGUAGAUACUCCGAGUGGGCUGCUCAUCUCGAAGGGCCCAACCAAUCUGCACAGUUCUUCGAGCCAAUGAUGGAAGGUAUCCUACAUCGCAUGCUUGACAAUAACAAGAAAGUGCAGGAAGCUGCUGCAUCGGCAUUUGCCAGCCUCGAAGAAAAGUCUGAUGCCAGCUUGAUUCCAUACUGUGAGCCGAUAUUGCGGCAAUUUGUUGAAUGUUUCAAAAAGUACAAAGAUCGCAACAUGUACAUCUUGUACGACUGCGUUCAGACAUUGGCAGAUUGUGUCAUGGGAGAGUUGGCUAAACCCCAUCUCGUCAAUCUCUUGAUGCCGGCUUUGCUCGAUCGAUAUAACAGGAUAAGCGAUCAGUCGCAGGAGCUGUUCCCUCUACUUGAGUGCCUUGGCUACAUUGCUGCUGCUUACGGCGAUGUAUUUACACAGUUUGCUGCUCCUAUCUUCCAACGAUGCUCUAGAAUCGUGUACGACAAUAUACAGCAAUCGGUUCAAGCAGCGCAAGACUCGUCUAUCGAGGAGCCGGACAAGGAUUUCCUCAUCACUAGCUUGGACUUGAUGAGCUCUAUCAUACAAGCCAUUCCAUCUGACGAGAUCAGCCAGCUCGUUGCAAACUCCCAGCCAAAAUUCUUCGACUUGCUGUGUUACUGCAUGAAUGAUUCCAACAAUGAGGUGCGCCAGUCAUCUUACGCUUUAUUGGGUGACUGCGCGAUCCACAUUUUUGACCAAUUACAACCUUACAUCCCGACUAUCAUGCCUGUUCUAAUCAAACAACUUGAUCUCGAGUCCCUUGUGGAUGAGACAACUUUCAGUGUGGUUAACAACGCUUGCUGGUCGUUGGGCGAAAUUGCUUUGGAAGAAAAGGCUGAUCUGGGACCUUGGCUCGAGAAGGUGUAUCCGGCAUUGCUCAAUAUUAUUUCUAAUGAAAUGGUCAUUGAUUCGGUGAAUGAGAAUGCUGCCGUGGCUCUCGGUCGAUUGGGUAUUAGCAAGUCGGAGCUACUUGCUCCUCAUUUGCAACAAUUUGCUCAAGAAUUCAUCAAGUCAAUGGCCAAAGUUGACUUUUCACGAGAAAAGGCCACUGCGUUCCUUGGAUUUAAUCGUGUCGUCAUGCACAACCCGCAAGCCAUGGAGAGUUGCCUCGCCGAGUAUUUUAGCACCAUAUCCUCUUUCCCUCAAAAGUCUCUGGUUCAGGAAGAGUAUCGAGACCUGCACCAAUCUUUCCAACAGGUACUUAAAGGCUAUCGGGAUAUGAUCCCCGGAUUUGACUCCUUCCUUGCACAACUGCCUCCACAGGUAUCGCAAAAACUCAAGUCGACCUACCAGAUCUAG